UGCAUAAGGGUAUUUUCUUGUUGGAACUAAGGUUAAAAUUUUACAGUAAAUUCAGAAUAUUCACCUAUUUUUGCUCAGUUAAGUUGUAUUAGAAUUUUUUUUAUUUGAAAUUAAAAUCUUUAAUCCGUCACUCGAGUUAAAAAAAAAAUUCGUUAUGACGGUAAGUGUGAAUUCAUGACCAUUUUAUUAUAGAGUGUCUUUUUUUUCGUCUAGCGCGGGAAAACUUCGCUGGUUAAAGCUUAUCGUUAGUUGACUGGAGGAGCUGCGGGCUCGUUUCCUAGAGUCCUAACUUAUUUACAAAAUAUCGUCUUAGAGCGUACUCAAAACUCUAGACAUCACACUAACUUCGAAAGAAGAAAAACAUUAUCUUUUGGGAUACAUUUACAUAUUCCUAGCUUAUUCGGCGUCUUCGCUAGCUAAUUUAACCGUUGGAAGUGACUCGGCUAACUACGGUGCGACGCAAGAAGAAGGGAUAAAAAUGGCGUCCGGGAAAAUGCGUCUGAGAGGAAACAAGGAGGGAACUGCUGAGUGGACCGGAUUAUUCAUCCAGGACUUAAAAACCAAACAAGAGUCUCUGGUCUUUGUCAAGAGGAUGAUGGCCAUCGCAGUCUCUUCCGUCACCUACCUGAGAGGGAUUUUUCCUGAGAGCGCCUACCGAUCCAGGUAUCUUGAUGAUUUGUGCAUUAAGGUUUUGCGUGAGAACAGCAACACUCCUGGCGCCAACAAAGUGGUGAAAUGGAUGAUGGGCUGUUUUGACGCAUUAGAGAAACAGUAUCUCCAUAUCAUAUGCAUUGGGGUUUACACUGAUCCAGAGGACCGUAAUUGCAUCAUUGAGUCUUACCAGUUCAACUUCAGAUACACUGAAAUGGGACCAGAAAUGGACAUAAUCAGGAACAACGCGAAGGGGAUGCAGGUGGCACUGGAGGACACCAAGAGAGCCUCUGUGCUGCUCAUCAGGAAGCUCUUCCUGCUUCUGCAGAACCUGGACGCCCUCCCCAGCAACGUCUACCUCACCAUGAAGCUCUACUACUACGAUGACAUUACCCCUGCAGACUACCAACCACCAGGCUUCCAGGAGGGGGUGCACGACCGGCUAUGGUUUCAAGGGGUUCCAGUGCACUUCAAAGUGGGCCAAGUGCACACAGCCUUCCACUCCCUGAGGGUCCGAGUGUCUAUGGAGCAAGGCCAGGUGAAAAAGCUGCAGGAAGGAAACUAUGUGAAGGAACCUGUGCGGAUUUCCCAGAGGAAAGAGGCGAUCAAGAGAAAAGACGAUGAAGGUCUUCCUUCUGAGGACGAGUCUGCACAGUUCAAGAAACCCAGCAGGCCACUGACUAAGAAGAAAGCUGCUCCGAAAUCUGCGGCGAAGAAGAAGAGGAGAAAUUAAGCCAGGAGACCAGCACAGCGUUACCAGUUUAUUAGUGUGAUAUUUACAAACAUUUCUCAGUUUACAGUCAGCUGUGUAUGAAGGAAACAAACAGUAAGGCCAAUUUCAUUGGUAUGAUUUUUUUUUAAAGGUGGUUUAUUACAUAGACGUUUGAAAUGUGUUCAAUUUCUUUAGAUUAGAGUUGGC